CGUGUUGACGUUUCCAACCCCUCGUAGUGGCUGUUUAUUGUUUGAGGCGAGGUAGCAAGUCAUCGACAGGUAAGAGCAAUUUGGGAAUGACGUCACGGAGAUGUCCUUCAACGUCUUUAGUGGAGUGACGUCUCGUCUUUUUGUGGCUAACAAGACGAAGCUGAGUCGCUUGGCGGCAACUGUCUGUUCAACGCUCAGUUCAUGGCCAGGCAGGAUGUUGCGUCUUCGCUGUAAGACCAAAAACGGGAGCCAUGUCAUGCAGGGUUUGACUCACCAGUCAUGUGUGCAAGAGCUGAAGAGAAAAGUGGAAGAGCUGACAGGAAUCCCCUGCGACGUGCAGAAGAUCAUGGUGGGCUACCCCCCCUCCAGCCUGGACCUCCAGAACGGGGAUGCUCACCUCAAGGACUACCCCAUCAAGUCUGGAGACACGCUCAUUGUGGAGGAGGAAAAAAACAAGCCAAAGCCAAUCGAUCAUCCUUCUGUGACUAAAACACCACAUCUGGACACCUCGCCGGUCCUGGCGCGGCGUGUGGUCCCAGCGGACAACUCGUGCCUCUUCACCAGCGUUAACUACGUGGUGGAAGGCGGCGUGUACGACCCGGCGUGCGCCCCCGAGAUGCGGGGCCUCAUCGCCCAGAUUGUGUCCAGCAACCCGUCGGCGUACUCUGAGGCGGUGCUGGGCAAGACCAACGAGGACUACUGCACUUGGAUCCGGCGUGACGACACGUGGGGCGGAGCCAUCGAGGUGUCCAUCCUGUCCAAGUUCUACCAGUGUGAGAUCUGUGUGGUGGACACUCAGACAGUGCGAGUGGACCGAUUCGGCGAGGACGCCGGCUACCGUAAGCGCGUGCUUCUCAUCUAUGACGGCAUCCACUAUGACCCGCUGGAGAAAGAGGUACCAGGCUCCGGGGCCCCGCCCCAAACCAUCUUCUCCACCUGCGACGACGUCAUUCUGGCUCAGGCUCUGGAGCUGGCAGACGAGGCUCGGCGCAAGCGCCAGUUCACGGACGUAAACCGCUUUGCUUUGCGCUGCAUGGUGUGUCAGACGGGCCUGGUGGGACAGAAGGAGGCGCGGGAGCACGCCAAAGAGACGGGCCACACCAACUUUGGUGAAGUGUGAAAGAUUUCUUGAUUCUUUUUGGCUUUUUUUUCUCCCCCUCUUCUCGCAAAUACAGCCAACACUCGUCCACCUUUCAUGUGAUCGUCUACCUCACGUCGUCCACUGACAUUCAUGUCGACGCACCUCUUCAGUGUUCCGCUUUCUACUCAUGACUAACACCAUUUCAGUCCAUCGAUGGACCUGCCUGGACCAGUCCAAGUUGAUCAUGACAUCACAUAGAAGAAUCACCACAUUGCCACCACUUUAUAUGUGAUGAUACACUUCACCACCGGGGGCAGCACUCUGACUGUUACUCAUCAUCAUCAUCAUCAUUUUCACCUCCACCAAACAUCAGUGUUUCUUUCUUGUUCAUGAUCUUCCAAGGAUGUUCCCAGUCCAACGAGGCAAGAACCCACACAUGACAUGGUUAAAUAGUUAAACAUUAGAUGAAAGCGUGCUACAUCAAAACAUUGAUUUAGCAAUUUCUCUAGGUUGCGCUGAUGACGACAUUCUGUUCCUGAGUGGGCACAAGACCUUCUCAGUCGGAAAUGUUGUAAAACUUGACGUGGUUUUAGCUAUUAAGAUCCGAAAUUGUAGCUGCUGACUCAGUGAUUUAAACUGUUUAAGGGUUUAUGAGUGAGACUUUUCUGCAGGUUUUUUGAGAUUUUGAAACAAUAUUGACUGCAAUUGUUUUUAGUGCUGAGGAUCAUUUUAAAGAGAGGGUAAGCAAUGGUGCUGUAAUCAUUUGGGCAAAACUGGCUUGGUUUUCUGUAAGUUGUUGAUGGUGACUUCAAGCACAAAGUGUUGAACGUGCCGCAGAGCACACUUAAACGCUGCUGUUGAGGUUGAGACCAUUUCAGACCUCAAACACUGAGUGCAUCUUAUUCGUUGUGGCCUCUCCAACAUCAGUACCAAGUUGUUGCGAAAAACAAUAAUGGGGCUUUUUUUCCCCCCUUGUGGCUGCAUAUUUGGAGUCAUGUCACAUUUUUUUUUGCUUUACAUGUGAAAUACUUUGACUUUGACUUAGUUAGAACACUUUAUCGUUUGGGUGUGCUAACACUACAGUAUUUGAUUGAAUUACAUUUACAAGUUCUCAUGACUCUUCAAUGAAUGUCAUAAACAAAACUACGCAACUGGAUUUACUUGAGUUUUUUUUUUUUUUUCCCUUUGGUGCCAACUCACAAUUAAAAGCUACGGCAAGAAA